UAUCAAUUUUAAUAUAUAAAUACAAAAAUUUUUGUUUGAUGUGCCAUUCUCAAUCUAUUCCAAGCAUCAGUGCAAACUUGUUUUCAGUGGUCACUUCACAUACGAUCAUUCAUCAAAUUUUGUCAAACACACUUUACAGUAAAACUGCAUGACAAGUUGGCAGCCAGCUCAUUGAAAGUGCAGAACACACAGCAGUUUUAAAAAUAUCAAUUAUGCGAAUAUUAAAAUUAGUCUGUGUUUUAUUUACCUUAAGCCUUGCAGAAGGUGUAUUAUUUAGUUUAUCACCAAAUGCACAAAAAUGCUUAAAGGAAGAUAUUCAAGGAAAUCAGUUAGUAAUGGGGGAAUACGAAGUUACAGAUGUACCCGGUCAAAUUAUUGACUACAUUGCUAGGGAUACAAAAGGUCAUAUAUUAUCACAAAAGGAGCAUAUAACCAAAGGCAAAUUUAGUUUUAUGUCUGAGGUUUACGACACGUAUGAAAUUUGUUUUAUAUCAAAAGUACCUCCACAUCAAAGAGGAAUUCCACAGGAAGUUUCUUUAGUUACCAAAAAAGGAGUAGAAACAAAAAGUUAUGAAGGUAUUGGAGAAGCUGCUAAAUUAAAACCUUUAGAAGUUGAUCUGAAACGUUUGGAAGAUCUGUCGGAUUCAAUUGUUAGGGACUUUUCUUUAAUGAGAAAACGCGAAGAGGAAAUGAGGGAUACAAAUGAAAAAACAAACAGUCGGGUUUUGUUUUUCAGUAUAUUUAGUAUGUGUUGCUUACUUGGCUUAGCUACAUGGCAGGUACUUUAUCUUCGAAGAUAUUUCAAAGCAAAGAAACUUAUUGAGUAAAUUAAAUUAAUUUAUGGUAGUGGUUUUUAUAUAUAUUUUCCACACUUUGUUUAAUAAAGAUAUUCUGUAAACAUCAAA